GUUGAAUGUCAUUUGUCAGUUGAAAACGAAGGCGGCAUUUUAAAAUCACAGCUUAUUCGCAUUAUAUCUCAAAUUGAUGGCAGAUUUCAAAAUCUUGUAUGUUGGUUUUAGUAUCUCUGCUUAAGGAUUAGAGAGGUAUUAAUAUUAUGGACUCUCGAGGGAAUGUGGCUGAGGAAAAGAAUGUUUCGAGUAAAGCGAUUCGAAAGAAGGUGAACAACACUGUGUCCAUAGCAUUAAAGAGAUAUAAGAUUGAUAGUUAUGUCUUACUGGACCUUGAUAAGGUAUUAAAUGAUGUCUACUGCUCUUUUCGACCGGUUUCUGCUGAUUACAAUACUAGGAAGGAAUUGGUGAAAAACCUUAAUGCAAUGGCUAUAGAUAUUUAUGGUAAUUUGGAAGAGAGUAGCCCGGUCCUUGAGGCGUAUGGGUCUUUCGUGAUGGAUAUGUAUUCCUCUCAGAGUGAUUUGGAUGUGUCUAUUAACUUUGGUAGCGGAACAUCUGAACUUUCUCGUGAGAAGAAGCUCGAGAUACUUAAAAGAUUUGCAAAGAAGCUCCGGGCUCUGCAGGGAGAAGGGCAUGUUAAGAAUGUUGAAUCUAUCUUCACUGCUAAGGUGCCAAUUGUCAAAUUCUCUGAUCAAGGGACUGGUGUUGAAUGUGAUUUGUCAGUCGAAAAUAAAGACGGCAUUUUAAAUUCACAGAUCGUUCGGAUCAUAUCUCAUAUUGAUGACAGAAUUUAGUUCUUCUUGUUGGCAGGUUAAAAACUAUAUAAAUUUCUUGAAUGACUAGAACUUUUUAGGGUUAUAGAUUUCUUAUGAACUGCCUAUGGUGUGUUGCUGUAGUUUCUUUCAAGUCUCUUCAGUUUUCAUGAAUUUUCAAUUCAACAAAAGUUUUCCCAGUAC